AUGUCCGGAGAUGCGCAACCAAGUUCCAAUCAACGUGCUACCGAUGCACACCCGCCGCCUUCGCCGCCUAUAAUCAAAGAGAAAGCUGCGAUUGGCGCUCUUUGCGUUGUGUGCGGCGACCGCGCGUGUUCGCACCUCUACUACGGAGUUGCCGCAUGUCACGGAUGCAAAUGUUUUUUCUGGCGAACCGUCAAGAGUAAACUGAACUACACGUGCCGUUACGGUGGAAACUGCUCGAUUUCUACUGCCGGCCGAAACGCUUGUCGCUACUGUCGUUUCCAUCAGUGUCUAUCUGUUGGAAUGAAAAUGGAAGCGGUAAAAAUGGACCGUAAGCUGACAAAGCGUAAGAGAGAGAAGACUGACGGAGAUGAUACGGAUGAUGGAGGAAAUCAAGAGAGUUAUGACAACAAGAUCGACGCAAAACGAGCCAAGUCCGACAAUCGUUUGUUGGUCUCAUCGCUUUUGCUCAUCGACAAGACGUCUUCGGACGGCAACGCGAAGCUCUCUUCCCUUCAUUUCGUCCAGCCAUCUCUCCAGAAUUUUCUCGAAGAACCAGAACUUCUUGACGGUUUUCGCUCAGAAAUGAGUUAUCGAGCGACUCGACAGGCCGACGAUCAGUUGUGUUACGACAAUGAACGUCGGUUGGUUACUUGGGCAAUUGACUGGUGUCGUCAGACUGCUGAAAUUGGAGAUGUGCAUCACACAAAUGAUAAGAUCGCCCUUUUGCGUGCAUGCUGUGGCCCCCUCGUUCUCCUGGAACUUGGAUGCCAAUCGUCGUCUUUCAGCCAAUCCGACGCACAAAUUCACUUAUGUAACAACUCUUUUCUUCCGGCUCACAUCAUCCCACCGCCCGCCUCGUUCCUCAACUGGAAAACCAUUCAGUCGUUGAGCAAGUGGACACAACGUGAGCUGAAGCCACUCUGUCUACAAGCCAAGGAAAUUGUGCUACUCAAGGCUCUCAUCGUUCUCAAUCCGGAAGCCCACGGACUCUCCCAAGAUGCCGAAUCGUCAAUCCGUAUGUUGCGUGAACGUGUUCACACAGCUCUCUUCCAACAACUCAUGGAGAACUCUGAACCAUUUGCUGCCGCUUCUCGUCUUGCUCAAAUCAUGCUUCUUAUUCCACAACUUGCGUUGAUGGGAGUUGAAGUGAUCGAGCAAGUGCGAGUCCGCAACACCUUCAACAAGUACUCAGCAUUCGGAGAAGGACUUCUCUUCUGGCAACUCUACGGAGACAUUUUCGACGAUCAACACAACGAUGACAACUACUUGGAGCACUCGGCAUCGUGCAGUCCAACUGACAGCCAGUACACAAAUGACAGUAGCUGA